UUCCUCUUUAUCUCGCUCUCUGCUUCACUGCUGUCCCACCCUGUCAUUCGAGUACACACUCACACACACGGAAUGAUCCACUGGAGUCCCAGUGUUGAAGCAACAUAGCUUGCAGUUGUUUGCGUUUGAAGAAGGAUACCCCAACCGGGAUUCCUGAUGACUUUUCAACCUAAAAUAUUCAACGCGGUGGUCGCGCUGACCUUCCUGAGCAUCGCUUCCUCUUCAAUGACGAUGGCGCCUCUGCUCAGCCUGUGGGGCAAUGUGGCCGAAUUCACCGCUAAUUGUACACACUGGACACUGAAGCCUCAUGCCUCGACCUUGGACCAGUUUACCAUCUGCCUCCACCUCAAGUUCAAGGUUUCAGCGUGCGGGCCAUGGACAGCCUUUAUGUACCACCAUCCAGAGGUUCAGUGUGGCAGUGUAGGCUUGGAGGGCCGUGGGGGCGCUGUGAUGGUCCGGUUGUUUGGCAGUAAUUGGACAACGGCUGAUAUUGGCCUUGCGACAAAAGAGUGGCACUCUCUCUGUCUGACCUGGUCGCACACCGACGACAGGCCCCUGCUGUACGUAAACGGAAGCCUGACUGAUCUCGAGGCAGUUGAGGAUAGCCUUACCUCUUCAGCCAUCUCCACCUCCUGCUAUGAGCUGGCCCCCAACGGGAUGCUCACCCUGGGCGCGGCCUCCCCUAUGGUGGACAGCGCCAUGCGUAGCCUUCCGUCCACUAACUGUUUGGACAGGUUGUCUCUCUUCCGCCUGUGGGGGCGACAACGCAGCAGCCAGGAAGUGAACACGCUCUCCUGCACUGAGGGAGAUCUCGUGCACUGGAGCAAGGAGCAGUGGGACAAAGGCUUAUGUGACCCCAUACGUGAUAACACCCUCACCUGUGAGUGGUCCGAUUACAAAGUGAGCUUUAAUUUCAGCAUCAUUCGCUUUGACGGGGAUAGCACCGAGCUCUCCUUAGCCAGGGACAUCGCAAGCCGCUGGCUCCAGGAUGUGCUCCCGUACUACUACCAGGCAAACCAAGUGCUCGUGGAUGCGGCAACCAGAUCCAGUGCCGAAGAUAAUUACAUGCUGACUACAUCGAGUAGAGAAAAGUUGGUGCGCCAUGCGUCUUCCAAUGCGAACAACAGUUUUAACGGCACGGCCUACAUGAAAGUCAGCCCCAAAUUGGACGUGGCAAAUGUGCAGCAGAAGAUUCACACGGCACUAAACCCCAUCUACAAUGACCCCGGUGGUCCGGUGAAGGUGCAGGUUUUCUCAAGCGGCACACAGGUCACGCCCAUUGACAGUUUACCCGCUGUGACCACGAAGCGUCCUCCUAUCAUGUCAUCAAUCCUUACUUCCUCCUUCACGCAAACAUCCACCAGCAUAUCAGGUACCUGUCCGGCGGAGAGUCAGCAGACAAGAAAAGGCCUCUUCGAGUGGCCCGUCACGCCCGCGGGGAAAAACAGCACUCUGCCGUGCCCCAAAAACACUCGGGACUACGCCACCAGACACUGUAAACUGAGCCUCAGCACCCAAUGGAUGCCACCAAAGCUGCAAGACUGCCAUCAAGUGGUGGAAACCAUCCUUGAUCUGAACCAUGUAAAAGUCACCCCAGAGACCGCCUUGGCUGUGGUGAAGAUUAUUGAAAGUUUACUGAGCAAUCGCUCUGAGCUCAACGAUCCGGAGAUGGGGAUGGUGAUGGCCAAACUGAAGGCCGUGGUGGAUGUCAGGUCGGUGACCGCCGACCUGGGCCAAGCUCUCAUCGAUACCAUCUCGGACAUCCUGGAGUCUCACAGCUACCUCUUGCCUUUCAUCGGCAUGAUCCUGAACAUCACCGAGGCAGUGGGAGACUCCAUGGUGGGAUUCCAUGGUUCGUCCACUCUGGUGGCUCCGGCCCUGGCGGUCUCGAUUGUUGACGUGGUUCCGGGGCAGUUUGAUGGUUUGACUUUUGGAGUGUCUCCUCAUGCGGCUGGUGACAAACCUGAGAUUAUCCUCAACAAGGUCCCCCUAAAAGGCACAGUGGCUUUCAUUUCUUUGCCCUCCAUCCUGCAGCACAGCUUCCCGCACACCCAGAGCCCACCGAGGGUCCAGUUUCAGUUCUAUGGCAUUCCGGACCUCUUCAUGAACAAAUCAAAGGAUCAGGUCCUCAACAGCUUUGUGGUGUCCGCCAGCAUCAGCAACGUCACUUCCUCCAUCCAGGACCUCCGAGAGGAUGUCCAGGUCACGCUCCUUCAUCUCCAACCCAAACAGCCCCAUAUGGACACGCAGUGUGUGUAUUGGAACUUCAAUAAGAACGAUGGAAAUGGAGGCUGGGACCCCCGCGGCUGUAGAAAGUACAACAGCAGUGCUGACUUCACCACUUGCCUCUGUGAUCAUCUCACACAUUUUGGAGUUCUUUUGGAUGUCUCCAGAGUUCCAGUGGAUAAUGCGAAUGAGCAAUUGCUGACAGUCAUCACCUAUGUUGGAUGUGGGGUCUCCUCACUGUUUUUGGGCAUCACUGUUCUGACUUACACGGCUUUUGGGAAGCUGUGUCGUGACUACCCAUCGAAAAUCCUCGUCAACCUCUCUGUGGCCCUUCUGGGCCUGAACUUAGCAUUCCUGCUCAACUCGUGGCUCUCCUCGUGGGGCGCCAACGGCCUGUGUGUGGCUGCCGCCGUGACGCUCCACUACUUCCUCCUGGCUUCCUUCACCUGGAUGGGACUUGAGGGUGUCAACAUGUACUUCGCACUCAUCAAGGUCUUCAACAUCUACGUGCCGGCAUAUAUAUUCAAGUUUUGUGCAGUAGGAUGGGGCAUUCCUCUGGUGAUUUGUGCGCUGGUGCUGAUUGUGAAAAGCGACGCUUACGGUGGUCUUCUCUACAGUGGCGCUCGGAGCAGCCUGAAGCCACUUGACAACACUGACAACUUCUGCUGGUUGCAGGAUGACGUGACGUUCUACGUGUCUGUGGUUGCCUAUGCCUCGCUGGUGUAUCUUUUUAAUAUUGCCGUUUUUGUGGUGGUUUUGAUCCAGAUUCACCGCAUGCGGGCCAACAGUCCCGCUGGGGCCCGCAGUGGACUGAUGCGUGAUUUUAAGGGGAUCGUCACUCUGACUUUGUUACUCGGACUCACCUGGACCGCCGGAUUUUUUACCUGGGGGCCGGCCCGCCUAGUAAUGUUCUACAUUUUCUCUCUACUCAACACCCUUCAAGGACUUUUCAUCUUUCUCUUCCACUGCCUCCUGAAGGAAAAUGUCCGAAGACAAUGGAGGGUCCACCUCUGCCUUGGCAAAUUUCGCCUUGAGGAUCACUCUGAGUGGAGCCCUACUGCAUCCGUCGCCGCCCUCGCCAAGCCGAGCCCUUGUCAACUAAACGCGGGCAUGCCAUCGGUGCGCUCUGUGGAGUCCAGCUCCACCGUAAGCACGUCGGCCUCCUCGGAAUCCAGCCAAAGGGGCUCGUCCUGCAAGAGGCCUGCCCUGGGGCUUUUUGUGAAAUCGCUGGUUUUCCCCCGUGCCCAGUCAACCUCUCUGGGGACUCAGCAGAAGCCGCCCUACGAGGGCAGUGACCUUCCAACCUGGCUGGAGGAGCCCACACCAGACAUGCGACACUUAGCCCGGCCUCAUCGACACCAGACAUGGAAAUGAGCUGUUCCUCGUCCUCGGUAAUUGUAUCAUGCUCCGCCAUUGUUCUUUGUUUCUACUAAGUGCCACAAAGAAGCCUGCAAUUAUGAACACAUGAGCAUCAGGACCAGGGAGGAGUCUGUUGCUAAGCAACUGGUGAGAAGACAUUGUGCCUUAGAACCAUAGAAACACAGCUGUAAUGGAAACCUUCAAUUUCACAUUGAAUUGCAUACAAUUAUUUUCUACUGCAUUGUACUAUAUUGAUCACAACCUCUUUCAUUUGUGUUCAGUGUACAGUUAGAUUUUUUCAUUAUAGUGGUAACCUUGACUUAUGAGCUCAGUUGAUUCUGUACCCACGCUUGUAACUAAAAUCAUCAUACCAUACCAAUACCAAAGUCUUUUUAAUUAAUGUGUUGCUGCACCGCUUGUGUUAAACAUCAGUUUUAAAGCUAUCAAUCACACUCAUUUCCCGUUAUGCGCUAGCACUAACAUAGCAGCCUUUUGUAAGAACCUUAAGUGGUUUGGUCGAAUACAUGUGUAUUUCUAUUCAGUUUCAAAGUAAACUUAAACUGCGAGUGGCAAUGAACAUCAAGUUGCCUGUACUUUCACACUUUCGUGUAAAGUUUUCUGCGCCAUCUAGUGGUGGAUGGGGUGCCUUAAGGUCACUUGUCAAAUUUUUGCUUGCAGGGCAAAGCGAAGCGAAUCGGCAGUGACAACUCGAAAAACUCAUAGAUUGGGGCAAUUGUAUGUCAUACCAUUGUAUAUAUUGUUUUUCAGUUUAGAUAAUCAGUGCAGCGUUGCUGUUCUUGCAAAUGUCUGCAGAAUAAAGUGCAACAUGAUCAAUUGUAAAA